UAUGGUCAUGGGAUGGCCCCCCCAACUCCCUCAUUAAAUUUUCACUCCUAAAUUUCAACUUUCCUUAUUCUUAUUAUUAAGUAAUAAGUAAUUCUCUAAGCCAUCAGGACGUGAGCAUUGGUCAAUUCUCUCACUUGUUUGAACAUUACGCACCAUCUCAAUAUCCAGUCCUUUUUUUUUCUUUCUUUUUUCGGUUGAAACAUUCUUGGUUGUCUUUUGCUUUCCUGUAAAGGGGGGUUUAAGCAUUUUACUCAUAGCGCAACAGUUCAGCAAACAUGUUGGUUAUUCAGUUGCCCCUUGGAUUGAUCAACAUAGCGGGUCAUGCUACCCUAAGUAAAGAAUUACACUGGCUCUUUUCUGUUUUUGCUGGUAUCGUCAUGUGUAGAAUUGUUUAUCAAUUAACAGGUACUAUAAGCCCUUUGUUCUUCAAUGGAUAUAUUAAACUUGAUGACAAAAAGAAACUUGAAUGGAACAACAGAGGUUUUUCCACUUUUCAUGCGCUCCUUGUAGCGGCUGCUUCUCUGUAUCUCUUGAUUGAAUCAGAUCUUUUCCGUGAUGGUGCUCCAGAUGACUUAAUGAUCAAUAGAACAUCAGCUUUUUCAGACACCAUACUCGGGAUCUCCACUGGCUACUUUCUGGCAGACUUGGCAAUGAUUUUCUAUUACUUCCCAGCCUUGGGUGGAAUGGAGUAUGUGUUACAUCACGGACUCUCAAUGUUUGCAAUUGUUCAAUCCCUUUUAAGUGGUCAAGCACAGAUAUAUAUUUUUAUGGUACUCUUUACCGAGAGUACUACUCCGUUUGUCAAUUUAAGAUGGUACCUUGAUGUUGCUGGUCAAAAGAACUCUAAGCUCUACGUCUUCAAUGGAGUAACUUUAUUUUUUGGCUGGCUGGUUGCGAGGAUUGUUUUGUUUCUCUUCUUUUUCUAUCACAUGCUUACCCAUUUUGAUCAGAUCAAGAAAGUUUAUCCACUGGGCUUCUAUAGCUUGUUAACUGUACCUCCUGUUUUGGCACUGCUGAAUAUUGUCUGGUUUUGGAAAAUUGCAAAGGGUAUGAUUAAAACUUUGAGAAAGGCGAGACACAGCCAGUAGGACGAGUCUUUUGGAGCUUGUGCAGUAAUUUACUAGAUUUCAAGUUUAUGAAAUUAACCUCUGUGUACAGUUAUUACUCCUUGUUUUUGUCUUUCAAAUAUGUACUACUUCAUUGAGUUACUGAACCAACAAAACAAGUGAGAACCUAAUUGUAAUUAAUGUUAUUUUUUACAUCAAUGUAUUACUUAAUCAUGAUUAAUUUA